AUGUUGGUCUCCUUAACCGUUGGGAAGGUCGACGCUGGCGUUGCAGUCCUUCUCACAGAAGAUAACCGACUGAUCGAGUUUCCGUCCGUCCUUCUUCCCAGGAAUAUCACAUCCGGUAGCAUAGUCGAUAUCACCGUAUCACCAAACGAAGCUGCUGAAGCUGCAGAUCAAGCUGCUUCCAAAGCACUACAGGACAAGAUCCUUAAUACUUACGGAAUAAAUACGCCUUCUCCUCCUGUUUUGCGGCUCAAGAAUGCGACACAGACGUCCUUGGUUCUAGAGUGGGACCCUAUACAGCUAGCUACUGCUUCCCUUAAAUCCUUGUCUCUUUAUCGCAAUGGCUCAAAGGCAGGUUCUAUCCCACGGCCACUCGAAAUGCUUAGCACAAAGAUUAGCGGUCUUGCGAUUGAUACUGAAUACACCUUCCAACUCAUCCUUCGAACCUCCGCUGGCAUGUUUAGCUCUGAGAAACUUGUCUGUCGAACUCACAAGAUGACAGAUCUAUCUGGUAUUACGGUUACUGCCGGAAUUCUUCCUGCUAAUUUAAGAGAGUCUCUAUCAAAUGCUAUGGAUAGAAUUGGGGGGAAGCUUAUUGAUACCAUCCGUAUCGAUACUACGCACUUUGUCUGCACGGAGGGUAGAGGUCCAGCUUGGGAAAAAGCAGUCGAAAUGAAUAUACCUGUUGUUCGUCCAGAAUGGGUAGAAGGAUGUGAGCGCGAAGGCACCAUCGUGAGCGUGAGAGGGUACUAUCUAAAUGCCGAUCCCAAAUUAAGACAGAUUGGCCCAGGAGUCGGUGCUCAGCAAAAUAAGAAAAACUCGAUUUUGAGUCUACCUACACACGGACGACAAAACAGCACGGCUAAUGCCCGAUCAUCACCUGAGAACAAUCAGCAUCCGCCAGUUACACCAUUCCCUGGUGGUCCUAGAAGCGAAGUUCCAGAGGGCCUGAGACCAGAGGGAGAUUCCCCCCCACCUCCCCCACCAAAGGGCGAGGAUAGUAGGCCAUCAAAGGAUCUCCCAAGUCCACCUAUGUCCAAAGACCACGAUGAAGAGGAGGAUGAGGAUGAAGAGGAGAUAAAAGAAAACAACCAUGAAACGCCAGAUGACGAUGUUGCGACUGACAAUGAUGACAAAGAGCCAAUAAAUGGACAGCUAGAUAAUAAAAAUUCAACUUCUCAUCCUAAUUCAGAUGAGGAAAAGGAUGACAUUGAAUCUCAAUUCCCGAGCUCAAAAGAGAAGGUAUCCAAAACGGAGUCUGGGGGCGCAAAAGCUAAAGGAAGUAGUACAGAUGAAGCAGAUAUGGAGGAAGUGACACUAUGA